AUGCCUGCGAACAAUAACCCCUAUCACAGGUUAGAGGCCGUGCCACUUUCACCGCUGGCAUCACUCCCGUCUCAACCACCCGAUUAUCAGGAUUUACUAGAUUCAGACCCGGACUUGCGUCACGGUCCCGUAAUAGGGAGCUCAUCCAUCGAACAGUUUGAAAUUGAUGACUCAUUCUACCCCGAACCUGUAGAACGUGAACCAUUGCUUGUGCGAGCCUCGCUUGUCACAAAACGAUUUGCCCAUAGAUUUAGUGCCCGUGUAAUAAACCCAGUAUCACGACUCGUGGAUCCCAUCUAUGAAGGAUACAAGUACUUUCAGAUGCAGUAUGAAAAGAGUAUAUUACGUUUGGGUAAUCCGUUGGUUGUCAAACGAUUGUUAUACGUGGCAUUCGUAUUAGUCAUCAUAUUUUUUGUGUCAAAGUAUAACACCAAUGAAAGCAUAAAGGGAACUAGUGGUGGGACAUUCACCAAUGGAAUAUUCUACGAUAUCGAUAUGUUGGAGGAUUCCAUAAAGUCAUAUAUAAAUCCAAAACUCAUGAAGGAAAACUUGGAGUAUUUUAGUAGUAUGCCGCAUAUCAGUGGUACCAAAGGAGACCUCACUUUGGCCAAAUUUAUUGAACGAUACAUGACAAAUAAUGGAAUAAAUUCAAUCGAGUUUAAUGAAUUGCAGAGUUUUUUGAACUAUCCUGAUGAAAAGAAUACCUAUGUCAGAUUGGCCGACGGCACUUUCUUUGCCAAAUUACACGAGGGCCAACUGAACAAUAUGGAACUGUUAGCCUACAACCCUAACGCCUUAAACACAAACGAGCAAAUAGAAGGAAAUUUUAUAUUUGCUAAUUAUGGAACCCUUGAUGAUUUCGAAGAGUUGAAAAAGAGUAAUGUUGAUGUCAAGGACAAUAUUGUGUUGAUACGGUAUGGAGGAACAGUUCCAGAAUCUACAAAAUUAUACUAUGCUCAACAGAAUCAUGCCAAAGCAGUGAUAUUCAUUUCUCCACAGUAUGAAAUUGAAGGCAAGAACAAUACCAAAAUAAUCCAACGAACCAAUGUUGGAUUAACAAGAAUGGGUACUGGUGAUAUUCUCACGCCAGGUUGGGCAUCUGAUGACGGGUACGUUACCCGAAUCACUUGGGAUAAAUCAGAAACCACCCCUAAGAUCCCAUCCAUUCCCAUCUCUUACAAAGACGGUGAACGAUUACUCCUGAAUUUAGUAGACUCGCCAGGGGCAAACUUCGAUUAUCAAUCCAGUGGGGACGGCUCUGGAGUUAAAUUGCAAAUGAAAAUAUCCAAUGCUAAUCGACCUGUACAUCAAAUUUGGAAUGUCAUUGGAUCAAUCGAAGGUAGAGAACAAGGAGAGAAAGGAGUGAUUAUUGGUGCUGCGCGUGAUUCAUCUUGUUAUGGUACAAUUGGAAGUAAUACCGGAACCGUGGCCUUGUUGGAGAUGAUCAAAGUGUUUACCAGUCUACAAAGAAAACAUCAAUGGUCACCUAGUCGAUCGAUCUAUUUUGUUUCCUUUGAUGCAACUGAGUAUAAUUUAGCCGGUUCGGCAGAAUGGGUCGAGAAUAAGAAGGAGUUAUUAAAGAAGCUGGGAUAUUUGUACGUCGAUCUUAGUGAUUUGAUUGCUGGUGAUGAAUUAUCAGUGCAAGCUCAUCCAUUCUUGCGUGAUGUUGUCAGCACUCGAAUGCAAAAAGUUUUGAGUAAUGCAAAGGGCAGUGAUGGGAAUCCACUUACUCUUUAUGAUUUAUUCACCCAACAAAAUAAAAACACCGUGGCAAUCAAAAAUAAUUUCCUUGAAUAUAAGAAUUACGUCCCAUUCAUCAAUCUUGUCAAUGUGCCUAGUUUAGAAAUCAAGUAUAAAGGUGUGAAAUACCCGAAGAACUCUUGUUUUGACAACUUUGAAUAUUUUGAAAAUAUGAAAAUUGACAAAUCAAUGGAGAAACAUGCCGAAUUAGUUGAAUUGAUAUCGAGAAUAGUGUUGCGAUGUGCCGAAGCACCGUUUAUCCCGUAUAAUUUUAUUGAUUUGGGGACUAUGUUGGACGCGUAUAUAGACGACUUGUCCAAGUUUUCCAAAGACAUAAUUGACAAAUUGGACCAACCCAACAAGCCAAUUUUACAUUUUGACUUUCUCCUCCGUGCAGCCCAUUUAGUUAAGGAUAAUGCCCGGAGAUAUCAUGAUGUGUCCAAUCAAUGGCAAGCCUUCAUUCGCGAGUCUCGAGGUAUUGAACCCAGUUUGUAUGCUGUGUCCCGACGUAAAUGGAAUGAUAAUAUGUUGGAUUUCAAUGCAAAAUUCUUGAUUAAAGAAGUACAUCCAGCCAGACCUGGAUAUGCUAAUAUAUUGUUUGGCGUGCCGUUUGAAGCGCCUGCCGUGGCUGAUGAGUAUGAAUGGAAUACAUUUCCGAAGAUAAGAGAGUUGUUACUCCAGAAAAAGUUUGGUAUGGUUCAAGAAGAGAUUGAUCGUGUGGGACAGGUGUUACAUGAAGCCAUUAAUGAUUUUGUAUCUCUAUAG